UUCUUUUUUCCAACCAAUCACCUGUUCGCUUGGUGAAAUAUGAAAAUGGCGGCUCUGUGCAGUGAGUUCGGAGAUCUGGCACAAAUCAAGAAACAGCUAAUAUCUGUCAUAUCGUUGUGUAAAGAAAGAGGAGUUUUGCAUAGCGCGAAGUGGGCUUCUGAGUUGGCGUUUGCUUUGGAUCCCCUUCCCAAGGAUAAUUUACCCCCAGAACCAGCAUUCACUGAGGAAGACGCUCAAGACCUGGAUGCCUUCACUUUGGCCAAAUCCUACUUUGACCUGAAAGAGUAUGACCGUGCUGCUUACUUUCUAAAGGGCUGCUGUAGCCAGAAGGCUUAUUUCCUCUACAUGUAUUCCCGCUAUCUGUCCGGCGAGAAAAAGAAAGAUGAUGAGACUGUGGACAGUUUGGGUCCUUUGGAGAAGGGUCAGGUGCGUAAUGAAGCUUUGCGAGAACUGAGAGUUGAGCUCAGUAAGAAGCACACUGCAAGAGAGCUGGACGGCUUUACACUGUAUUUGUAUGGGGUUGUUUUACGAAAGCUGGAUCUGCUGAAGGAGGCAGUGGAAGUGUUUGUGGAGGCAAUUCAAGCCCUUCCUCUUCACUGGGGUGCCUGGCUGGAGCUUAGUAACCUCAUCACAAACAUCGAAAUGUUAAAGUCCCUGUCUCUGCCUGACUGCUGGAUUAAAGACUUCUUCAUGGCCCACAUGUACACAGAGCUCCAGAUGAUCAAAGAGGCUUUGCAGAAGUACCAAAACCUCAUUGAGGCCGGCUUCUCCAAGAGCACCUACAUCAUCUCGCAGAUUGCUGUUGCCUACCACAACAUCAGAGAUAUCGACCAAGCUUUGGCGCUGUUUAAUGAACUGAGGGAGCAUGAUCCGUAUCGUAUCGACAACAUGGACACCUUCUCUAAUUUGCUAUAUGUCAAAUGCUUUGUGUCUUUACAGAGUAUGAAGCCUGAAUUAAGUUAUUUAGCCCACAACCUGGUGGAGAUUGAUAAAUACCGAGUGGAGACAUGCUGCGUAAUUGGGAACUACUACAGUUUACGCUCCCAGCAUGAGAAAGCAGCUCUGUACUUCCAGCGCGCCCUGAAACUGAACCCUCGUUGUCUUGGAGCCUGGACCCUCAUGGGCCACGAAUACAUGGAAAUGAAGAACACUUCAGCCGCCAUCCAGGCCUACAGGCAUGCAAUUGAAGUGAACAAGCGGGAUUAUCGUGCCUGGUAUGGAUUAGGUCAGACAUAUGAAAUCCUUAAGAUGCCUUUUUACUGUUUGUAUUACUACCGAAAGGCUCACCAGCUCAGACCCAAUGACUCUCGCAUGUUGGUUGCAUUGGGGGAAAGCUAUGAAAAACUCUCUCAGCAAGUUGAAGCCAAGAAGUGCUACUGGAGGGCUUAUUCUGUUGGCGAUGUAGAAAAAAUGGCUCUUCUUAAACUGGCAAAGCUCCAUGAACAGCUGAAUGAGUCUGACGAUGCUGCUCAGUGUUACAUGCUUUACAUUCAAGACAUUUUCUCUUGUGGGGAACAACUGGAGCAUGCAGAGGUGAGCACAGCUCUGCGCUACCUGGGUCAGUAUUAUUUCAAGAGCAAACUCUACGACGAGGCUUCGAUCUGUGCGCAGCGCUGCUGUGACUACAACGAUGCACGAGAAGAGGGGAAGGCUCUGCUGAGGCAGAUCUCACAGGUCAGAGAUCAGGUGGAAACGCCUUCAGCAGAUCUGUUCACUCCGCUCUCAAACAUCAACACACCGGUCAGGAGGGUGUCUCCUCUGAACCUCAUCUCCUUCACGCCAUGAUACUCCAACUUAAUGACAGACAUUUGCUUAAAAUAAAGCUUUAAUUGUAAAUGUCUGUGUUUAGAGAAAUGUUAUGUUUUUCUAUAGUUGGAAUUGGAUCUUUCUUUAUUUGAAAAAGAAAACCUUCCAGUUAAUUUCUAAUAAAGUACAUUGUCAUAUGCAUAAGACUGACAGUAUUUGAUAUCUUAUGUAGCAAAAUAUGUUGAGCACAAAAACAUUUUGAUUUGCACAUCAUAACUUUAGUACUCUAUAUUUAAAAAGAGUGAGAAAUGAGCAGUCUCCCUUUUUGUCUUUUGCAUUUACAACAUACAAUGAAUGCUUCUAGCCCCUUUAAACAAGAUCAGCUUGAUUCUUGUGCCUUUUGAUAAUUCUAGAUUUUAAAAGGCAAUAUUUUUCAUUUAAAACCUUACAUUUGAAAGAAAUACACCAUUACAGAGCAUAUUUCAAAAGCUACAGAAUAUACUGCAUUUUAUUUUGAAAACAAAAAUUCCUAAAACCUCACAAUCAGACAUAAAAAAGUAACAAACAGAACUUUUGGCAUGCAGCCCAGACGAUUGGGACAAGACAGAAGAAAACUUUCUACAAUUUUAGAACAGAAACCAGAAAACAUAGAAAGCAGCAAGUGAACAUUUAGCAGUUUAGUUUGCUGUGCAUGAGCUUUGUCCUUUAUAAUCACACACAGUUUAGACAUUUAUUGUGGUGUUAGGAAAAUAUUUGCCGCCGAGGCACAUGAAGCCGAUUUACAGACAUGCACAACUCUGACCUUACAGUCCUUCAACCCCAGAGAAAAAUCUUAAAGCAUUGAUCAUUUUACUGGCAUUAACUGAUAAUCAUAUUUUGGAUGACUGCAAAAAAGUAAAUAUAUAAAAAAAAA